AUGCAGCUCAUAAAAGAGGAGGUGCAGGCAGAAAAAAGAGGUGGAUUCCGAAAAACAGGAGAAACUCUGCUUUCAUUGUAUCUAAGUUAUCAUCAGUUUACGGAAUUUCAUUUGGACAGUAUCUUCAAGUAUGGAGAUGACAACCGCUUACCAAAAGAGAUCUUCAAGUGUGCCAAUGUAACACACUUAUCUCUCAAGUACAACAGUUUGGACCACCUCCCUGCAGAUAUUGGUCGCAUGAAGAAACUCGAGUAUCUGGCCCUGACCAACAACAAACUUCAAGUCAAUGCCAUUCCUUAUACACUGACCUUCUGCACUAAGCUGAAAACAAUUCUACUUGACAACAACCUAUUGGAUGCACUGCCAGGUUUUCUUCUUUCAAUGCCCUCCAUAGAGACUGUCUAUCGACAUGGCAACCAUAAUUAUUUUAAGGCCACUUUUAUGUGGUACCACACUGAUGUGAACUACCGAAUUAUCCCUGUUGGGGGGUUUGGGGUUGCAACGUCCAAAGUUCCAGCUAGCCUGCAAUUCUGGGCGGCCAAGUCUGUGAUUGGACUCAAAAUUGACUUUUAUAACAACAGCAGUAUUGCUGAUAUUCUUAAGAACUAUCUUUCUGAGCUCUAUUCUAAAUUUUACUUGUGUCAUCACUGUGACCAAGCCAUUCUCCGUCAUCUCCCAGGUUACAAAGUGAUUACCUUCAAAAAUCCCUAUCUGGGAAAUACUUGUGUUCCAUUCCAACAUUGGGCAUGUUCUGUGGACUGUGCUGAGGCACUGGAAGUGCCAGCACGUAAGGAGCAGAUUGCAGCUGCAACAAAGCUGGACCAGCAGUAUGAGGACUAUGUCAACAGGUGUCAGCAAAUGUUUCGUGGCCGGCACAAUGCAAACAAGGUGUGUUUAUGCAGUAAGGAAUCCUUGCACAGUGCGUGUCCAUCAUCGGGGACUGGGGAUGAUCAUCGCAAUGAAGCUGCUGUUGAUGGUCGGAAAGCAAACAGGCGACACCACCACCACCAUCACCAUCACCAUCACCAUCAUCAUCCUCACUGUCAUCAUCAUCAUUGUCACCACCGACAUCAUCGCUCCUCGGGUGGGGCAGGGGGUAGCAGUGAUGAUGCCGGACCCAGUUGUCAUUGUAGUCUCCAAUAG